AUGCCACAGUCCAGCGUCCUGCUCACCCAGGAGCCUUCCCCGCAGACCGUCCAGAUCUGCGACCUUCCCCACAAGGUCUAUGAGAUAGAACGCAACACAGGGCCGUACAGCUCCUCGGGCUCAGCCACAGCCGGCUUCCGGACAGCCAAAUACCUCUCGGAGGAGUGGUAUCAGAACAACUACGCCCGCUACCACGAGGCCUUUGCUGACCGUGACCAUGCCGAGCGCAACAGGCACGAGUCCAAGCAGCUCACGUGUGAGACGGAGGCCCUGUGCCGGCGCACGCAGUUGGACUCCAGCAAGAAGGUAGGGGAGAGACUACAGGACAUAUUUUUUUGGAAGUCGGAGCUUCAGAGGGAGAUUGAGGACCUCUUGGCCGAGACAGAAUUACUGAAUGGUAGCAAACUGAGGAUGGAAAGGGCUCUGGACGCCCUUGAAGUACCUUUCAGCAUUGCCACAGACAACCUGCAGUGCCGGGAGAGAAGACAACCUCCAGACCUGGUUCGGGAUAAUGUGGAACUGGAGCUGCUAAAGGAAGCUGAACUUAUCCGAAAUAUUCAGGAACUUCUGAAAAGGACCAUAAUGCAAGCCAUCAAUCAGAUAAAGCUGAACAGAGAACACAAGGAAAUCUGUGAAUUAGACUGGUCAGAUAAGGUAGAGACCUACAACAUUGAUGAGAUGUGUGGACGUUACAACAACCGAAGCACCAACAUUCAGUUCCAUGCUCAUUCAACCAAGUUUGAAGAAAGUGCCUCCUGUCCAGAAACAUGGUCCAAGUACACCCACGACAACAUCUACAAGGCAGAACGGGAAAAGAUGGCAUCCAUCAACCUGCGGCUCCUGAUGAACAAUAUCCUGAACGACACUGCGGAGGACCUCCGCUUACAAUGUGACACUGUCAACUUGGCCUUUGCCAAGCGCUGUGAGGAGAUAGAUGAUGCCAAGCACAAGCUGGAUCACCACCUGAGGAAAAUACUUGUAGAAAUUGGUGAACAGGAAAAGAACAUUGCAUCACUCAAACAAGCCAUCAAAGAUAAAGAAACCCCCUUGAAACUUGCUCAGACAAGGCUUUAUCACAGAGCUCAGAGGCCGAAUGUGGAUCUUUGCAGGGAUGCAGCUCAGUUCAGGCUAAUCAGCGAGGUUGAAGAGCUACAUAUGUCCCUCAAGGCCCUGAAAGAUAAGCUUGUGGAAUCAGAGCAAGCCCUGAGGAACCUGGAGGAUACUCGGAUGAACCUGGAGAAGGGAAUUGCCAUCAAGGCCAAUAGUCUGUUCAUUGACCAGCAGAAGUGCAUGGCACACCGGACGCGCUACCCCACCAUCCUCAGGCUGACAGGCUACCAGUAG